GGAGGAGUCGACCGGCGCAGGAUGUGAGCUCACAGCUCGGGAUUGCUGGCGGGCAGGCAGCCACAGGUCAGGGACGGCGCGGAGUUCGCUCGCCCCCCAGCUGAGAGGAGAGGAGCCCCCGACGACGGGCUGAGUAUGAGGCUCUGGCCUCCACGGGCCACUCACCUGUGACCACUUCCACCACGGCGGAGCCUUCCAAGCCUACCUCCUGCCGUGUGGUGAUCUACCUGCAGCGGGAGAUGUCGGGGGAUACUUGUCUGUGCCCAGCCUCGGGGGCCAAGCCCAAGUUAAGUGGCUUCAAAGGAGGCGGGCUGGGCAACAAGUACGUGCAGCUCAAUGUGGGUGGCUCCCUGUACUACACCACGGUGCGGGCUCUCACCCGGCACGACACCAUGCUCAAGGCCAUGUUCAGUGGGCGCAUGGAGGUGCUGACGGACAAAGAAGGCUGGAUCCUCAUAGAUCGAUGUGGGAAGCACUUUGGCACCAUUUUGAAUUACCUCCGAGAUGACACCAUCACCCUCCCUCAAAACCGGCAAGAAAUCAAGGAACUGAUGGCUGAAGCAAAAUAUUACCUCAUCCAGGGGCUGGUGAACAUGUGCCAGACCGCCCUGCAGGACAAGAAGGACUCCUACCAGCCUGUGUGUAACAUUCCCAUCAUCACAUCCCUGAAGGAGGAGGAGCGGCUCAUCGAGUCCUCCACCAAGCCCGUGGUGAAGCUGCUGUACAACAGAAGCAACAACAAGUACUCCUACACCAGCAACUCUGACGACCACCUGCUGAAAAACAUCGAGCUGUUUGACAAGCUCUCGCUGCGCUUCAACGGCCGCGUGCUCUUCCUCAAGGACGUCAUCGGGGACGAGAUCUGCUGCUGGUCCUUCUACGGCCAGGGUCGCAAGCUGGCAGAGGUGUGCUGCACCUCCAUCGUGUACGCCACGGAGAAGAAGCAGACCAAGGUGGAAUUCCCAGAGGCCCGGAUCUACGAGGAGACACUCAACGUCCUACUCUACGAGAGCCCCCGCGUCCCUGACAACUCCUUGUUGGAGGCCACAAGCCGGAGCCGCAGCCAGGCUUCCCCGAGUGAAGACGAGGAGACCUUUGAACUGCGGGACCGCGUGCGCCGCAUCCACGUCAAGCGCUAUAGCACUUACGACGACCGGCAGCUUGGCCACCAGUCUGCCCACCGUGACUGACAAGACCCGUGGGGAGCCCUGCCUCCCCUUCUGGGGAACCCCACCCCCUUAGCCACCCCACACUGCUGCUGGCUGGAUCUCUGCUCUGGCGCCCAUGACAGGCCUUGCCUGGGAGGUCAGAGAGCCUGGGCCAGGAGUUGGGGAACCCCAUUCCUUUGCCCCGCCUCCCCGUCCCUGCUCCUGCCCAAUAGGGAGCCACUUCUGCUCGGGAGGACACACUGGCUCCCCACCUCCCAGGAACAUUCCCCUCAGCGCUUUGCUGAGCGCCCCUUUCCUCUGCUAGAGGGCUCCCUGGGGAGGGGGGUCGUGCAGGGGGGGGAGGCAGCUUCUGGUGCUCUGGAGGCCUGGGUUUAUUUUUUUAGCAGAAGGUGGGAUCUUCCUUUUUCCUAAGGCAUUUAAGCAGGUUUGAUGAGUUCGGUUUUGAAGACAUCGUUUAGGAAAUGACGGUUUUAAACUAGCAACGAGGGACUGGACCUUUGCUCCCUUCCAGGGUGUCAAGACCCUGGGUAAGACAGAACCCAUGGCCCUUCCUGAUGCUGUCGGGAUCUGUUUCUCUGAAGCACUUUGUACUGUUAUUCAGGAGAUUUAUAUUCUGCCCUGACCCACGUCUUUUUCUGCCCCUAACCCCCUCUUCCCCGCACAGUCAACCUGGGGGAGGGGAGACAAAGCAAUAAAGCCAACUGACCAGCUCUGGCUUGGCCAGCCUGGCCCAAAGCGCACGCUGGAGGGAAGGAUGCAUAACUGGGACCACUGGUCCUCAUAGCAGCCCUGAGAGGAAAGACAUUUUUACCUCCCACUGACUCGUGAGGCUCAGAAGUGAUUGCUUUUUGUGAGGUGCCUUCAGCUCUAAGGCAUGCUGUCCUCACACAGAGCAGAGCCAAGCACUGUGACGGGCUAGGACCAACUCCAGGCCGGAAGCACAAGCCACAGCAAGGCCUGGAAUCCCAUGGGCCCAGCAACCCCUGUGUAGAGGUAGCGGGUGCUUAGUGAUCCACCUGCUCCUCCGUGACCCAUGCUGUUGGUUUGUGUCCCAGCUGAGGGUGGUAGUUCUGCCCAGGGAUGAGUCCUAGGACACAAGAUGAGGGAAGCAACCCAAGCUCCCUGAAUGCCUUCAUGCCUCCUUUGGUAGUUUAACCAGAGAUGCCAAGCACCGGCCAGAGCGUGAGCUCUUCAAGGCUUUGGUUCCCACCCCCUUCUGUUUGGCUUGGCCCUUGGGAAACAGCUUAUCUAAAUUCCUCUGCAAAGGAAUGCUGUCGGGAGGGAGCUGUUCCGCCAGCCUAACAGCAGCACAGCCAUGUACAGUACCCGCUCUCCUGGGCCCCAGCGCAGGCUCUCAAGGUCGUCCCUCUUGACUACUCUGACACAGUGAGGUGGCUGCUCACGGCUGACUCCACGGAACCUACGGGCAAGUGCCGGGCCCAAGUUGGACACUCCCAAGGACCUGAAAUGACACGAUAGGACGGGGAAAUGUGACUGGUGAGGCAUUUCAUGUGUUAGACAGUCUUGAAUGUAAAGUAGCUCCAAGAUUGCUCAGGUCACAGACCGUGAGGAUCAGUGACUAGUGCUUCCAGCCCUCACUGGAGUAGUAAGACACAUCCAUUUCUUUGUCCCAAUUCAGGCUCUGGCUCUGUGGCUUUCCCACAGGCGCUGGAAUGCUGCUGCAGGAGGCCUCUGGCCUGUUUUCUCAGCUGCCCUUUAAUACUGAAGUUCCCAGCUCCCCAAGGAGGUGUUCUCAUGCUUAUCCUGUGACCUCCCCAAUCCCCGAGCCUCUACUUACUGCUGUCGCUCACCCUCAGCCCUCUCGCUGGUGACUGGGAAAACACCAGUCUGGGGAAGGGCACUUGUCUUCUCCCUCUGAAAACGUUUGGUCUUAAGGAAAAUAACUAACAUUGAGCUCAGUGGAGUGAGCUUAGCUUCUUUAAUCAGGAUUUAUGGCUUAAGGAUCUUGGGGAGUUUUCUUCAAGUUUCCCAACCCCAUUCAGGAAGCAGCCCUUGGUUGUGUGAAUUUCCAACUGCAAGCAGCCCAGGGGGAAGCGGACACAACAGCAUGGAUGUAGGUCUAACCCUGUCAGUUUCUGAGAAAACUGGAAGUCUGCCAUGAACACAGACAGUACCAGGUUUUACUGCGUGUGCUGUGUGACCCAGGUCUGCCUGAAGGAUGGUGCAGUGCUGGCAGGAGAGAAUUUCCUCUUUAUCACGUAGCUGUGAUACCUUCUUGCUCAGCGUAAAGUGAUGGAAGCAAACACUAACUUCUAAUAAAACGGUUGCACUGGA